UUGCCUCUUCCUAUUUCUUGAACGAACCCAAAGUAGGAUAAAUUAAAAACUAAGCGGCACUUUUGUUUUCUCUCUCUUACUCUCUUUCUUUCUCUUCGAGGGUUUCUCUUCUCCCCUUGAAGAAAAGGAAGAGCGACUACAUCAACGACACCGUUUGUGGUUUUUUAGGUGCUGCAGUCAUGUUUGGGCGUGGUGGACCGAGGAGGAGUGAUAACUCCAAAUAUUAUGAUAUUCUUGGGGUUUCAAAAAAUGCCAGUGAAGAUGAAAUCAAGAAGGCUUACAGGAAGGCAGCUAUGAAGAAUCAUCCAGAUAAGGGUGGAGAUCCUGAAAAAUUUAAGGAGUUAGGUCAAGCUUAUGAAGUUUUAAGUGAUCCUGAGAAGAAAGAACUGUAUGACCAAUAUGGUGAAGAUGCCCUUAAAGAAGGGAUGGGUGGAGGAGGAAGCUCAUUUCAUAAUCCAUUUGAUAUAUUUGAAUCAUUUUUUGGAGGACCUAGCUUUGGUGGUGGUAGUAGUUCUCGAGGUAGAAGACAGAAGCAUGGUGAAGAUGUGGUGCAUUCUUUAAAGGUUUCUUUGGAGGAUGUCUAUAAUGGCACAAUGAAGAAACUAUCUCUUUCUAGAAACGUGUUAUGCUCAAAAUGUAAAGGGAAAGGUUCAAAAAGUGGAACAGCUGGAAGGUGUUUUGGGUGCCAAGGGACUGGUAUGAAGGUUACAAGAAGGCAGAUUGGACUAGGCAUGAUUCAACAAAUGCAACAUGUCUGUCCUGACUGCAGAGGAACUGGUGAGGUCAUUAGCGAGAGGGAUAGAUGUCCUCAGUGCAAAGGAAACAAGGUUAGCCAGGAAAGGAAGGUUCUGGAGGUGCAUGUUGAUAAGGGGAUGCAGCAGGGUCAGAAAAUUGUUUUUGAAGGACAAGCUGAUGAAGCUCCUGACACAAUUACAGGAGACAUUGUUUUUGUGUUACAAGUUAAAGAUCACCCAAAGUUCAGGAGGGAGCAUGAUGACCUCUUUAUUGAUCACACUCUCAACUUAACUGAGGCACUCUGUGGCUUCCAGUUUGCUGUCACACAUCUUGAUGGUAGGCAGCUAUUGAUCAAAUCAAACCCUGGAGAAGUCAUCAAGCCAGGUCAAUACAAAGCUAUAAAUGAUGAAGGAAUGCCCCAACACAACAGGCCAUUCAUGAAGGGUCGCCUUUACAUCCAGUUCAAUGUUGAUUUCCCUGACUCGGGGUCCCUUUCCCCCGAGCAAUGCCAGUUAUUGGAAAAGGUAUUACCUCAGAAGGUCAGCAAGCAAAUGUCAGAUAUGGAGCUGGAUGAUUGUGAGGAGACCACUUUGCAUGAUGUUAACAUUAAGGAGGAGAUGAAACGAAAGCAGCAGCAACAGUAUCGUGAGGCAUAUGAUGAAGAGGAUGAUGAGCCAUCUGGUCCUCGAGUUCAAUGUGCUCAACAGUAGUGCAGGUUAUGGUAGAGGUUCUAUAAUUUCUGCAUGGUUAUCUUUUGUUUGCAUAAUGCAGUUAUAACUGCGUGAUAAUUUACCUUUAGGUUUUGUCCGGUAAUUUUAUUUAGUUUACAGUACUUGGCAGAUUUCAAAGUUUAUAUUUUUGCUGUAAUGUUUAGUAUAUGAAAGUUAAAUGCUUUUUUGGUACAAGGUGUGCAAUAAUGUUUGUAGAUCUCA